AAUGCGGAAGAAACUCAAAUGCAUAGUAUUUUACGAAUUGACGAAACUACCCUCACUCACCUUCUUCUUCUUUGUAGUAGAUUCGCGAAGUCGUGUCUCUACUUCUAAUGAAAAAUUGAACCCUAAUUUCGAUUUCGAGAUCUCAAAUCUUGCGAAGAUGACGAAGGACUUCGCGAUUCCACCUGUGGUCUUCCCCUCCGGCGGAUCCACAUCCAACCCCAACGUCCAGCAACGACGCUUCCCCGCCGCUCCGUUCCAACCUCCCCGCCCCUCCUCCUCCGCGAUCCCUUUCAUGUCCUUCGACAUCGGAUCCGCCGCCGCGUCCUCCGCCGCCCCCGCGGGACCGUUCACCGGGACCUUAAACUCAUCCGCAUCCUUCGGAGGAGGAGGAUCGUCCUCCUUCGAGGACGAGGAGCCUCUCCUCGACGAGCUCGGGAUCCACCCCGAUCAGAUCUGGAAGAAGACCAGAUCCAUCCUCAACCCGUUCCGGAUCAACCAAACCGUCCACCACGACUCGGAUCUCUCGGGGCCGAUCUUCCUCUACCUCGCGCUCUGCCUAUUCCAGCUCCUCGCGGGGAAGAUCCAGUUCGGGGUGAUUCUCGGGUGGAUCGUGGUGUCGUCGAUCUUCCUCUACGCGGUGUUCAACAUGCUCGCGGGGAGGAACGGGAAUCUGAAUCUGCACACGUGUACGAGUUUGGUUGGGUAUUGUUUGCUUCCGGUGGUGAUUUUGUCUGCUGUGUCGUUGUUUGUGCCGCAGGGAGCGGGGGCGGUUAGGUUUGCGGUUGCGGGGGUGUUUGUGCUGUGGUCGACGAGGGCUUGCUCGGCGUUGGUUGUGUCUUUGGCUGAUGGGGGAGAGGAGCAUCGUGGGUUGAUCUCUUAUGCUUGUUUCUUGAUCUAUACGCUCUUCUCUCUUCUUGUCAUAUUUUGAUGAUUUAAUUACGAAGUAUUGAUAGCUUCUUUUUUUUUUCUGGGAAUCUUUUGAUGGUGAUUAGUAAGGACGAAUGGUAUGAUGAUGAUCUAAAGUUUGUUUGGUUUUGUGGUGGGAAUAGUGGAGCGAUAUGUAAAGGCUUCAUGUUUUAAUUUGAUUCAAUGUUUGUAUCUUUUGACUUCAGGAGUUUAUAUUUACAGAGUUUAUCAAUGUGUUCUCUU